AUGGGCGAAUUACACCCCAAUGUUGUGUCACAACCUUUGAGCGCAGACCAAGCUGAUGAGGCUGUGAUAUACCUUAAUCGCCACGCAGAUGGGGCGUCCAAUCCGACUGUCAACCUGCGGGCGCUUCGUCGUAAGAUAGACCGACGUUUGAUGCCUUAUAUGUUUUGCUGCUAUGUCCUGCAGUUCCUGGAUAAGGUUAUGCUGAAUUACGCAGCUGUCAUGGGAAUUAAGAAGGACUUGAAUCUGGUAGGCAAUGACUUCUCGAAUACCGCAACAUGGUUCUUCAUUGCGUAUUUGAUCGCAGAGGUACCAAAUGUCUACUGCCUACAGAAGGUACCGCCCGGGAAGUGGCUCGGAGCGAACGUCGUCCUCUGGGGGGUCGCGGCUGCCGCCUCCGCUGGCGCUCACGGAUAUCGGGGCUUACUCGUCGCACGGAUUUUCCUUGGUAUUUUCGAAGCGACUGUAGGCCCAUCUUUAAUGCUCAUAAGCAGCCAAUAUUACACCAGAAGUGAACAAGCUCCGCGAUUCACGGUGUGGUAUAUGGGUCUUGGUGUGGCCCAGAUUAUUGGUGGACUCAUUUCGUUCGCCUUCCAGCAUGUUCAACAUGCCUCACUCGAGAGGAUGGCGGAUUAUGUUCCUUACCUUGGGACUAGUUACAGCUGUUUGGCGCUUCUUCAACAUGUUAGCGAGAACCAGACUGGUGUUUGGAGCACCACUUUUGAUUUGAAGCAGAUCAGGGAGGCUGCUCUCGAUGUUCAGUUAUGGCUCUUGACAGUGACAACAAUUUUGAUAUCCGUCUCGAGUGGCGUUGUGACAACAUAUUCCUCCACGUUGAUCGCAGGAUUUGGUUUCUCUGGUCCCAUCUCAGCUCUUCUCAAUAUGCCAUCCGGCAUCGUCAGCAUAGUCUUCACACUUCUUGUGGGGAUCGGUAUCAGAAAGACUUCGAAUCGGUGGGCGUGGAACGUAUUAUGUACCAUUCCCGGGAUCAUUGGUGGGGCGCUGUUGUCUUUCCUGCCCAAGACUAACAAAGCCGGCGUCCUGAUCGGUAUCUACCUCGUGAACGCGAUUGUAGCAACUCUUCCGAUCUUGUACCAGUGGACCAUGGCCAAUUGUGCUGGACAUACCAAGCGUGCGUUUGCCAGUGCACUGGUGGCUGGGUCGUUCUCAGUGGGCAAUAUCAUCGGCCCGCAGACAUUCCAGUCGCGGGAUGCCCCCGAAUAUCGACCCGCCAAGAUUGCUGUGCUCGCAACGCAGGCUGCUGCCGCUGUAUUGUCGGCUGUACUAUUCGUCUAUUACAAAUGGCAAAAUCGUCACCGGGAUCAAAUCAAGGGUCAUGUAGACGAGAGUAAGAUGGAUGGGACGAAGUGGGCUGGACUCACUGAUAAACAGAACCCUUCCUUCCGCUACGUCUAUUAG